GUGGUUGUAGGACUCUUUAGGGAAGGGACCGGAGGAGUAAACAUACGCAGCCGCCGGCUGCUGGACUGUGUGGGCGGGUGCAGUCCACCAUGAACCGGCCGUGGGACGACUAUGACCCUUACGCGGUUGAAGAGCCCAGCGAUGAGGAGCCGGCUCUGAGCAGCUCUGAAGAUGAAGUGGACGUGCUCUUGCAUGGAACCCCUGACCAGAAACGUAAGCUCCUCAGAGAAUGUCUCACUGGGGAAAGUGAGUCAUCGAGUGAAGAUGAAUUUGAAAAAGAAAUGGAAGCAGAACUAAAUUCCACCAUAAAAACAAUGGAGGGCAAGUUAUCCUCUCUGGAAACAGCAGGGUCUUCCUCAGGAAAUGGGAAAGUCGGAACAGCUUUGACAAAGUACUAUGAUGAUGUAUAUUUUGAUUCUGAUUCUGAGGAUGAAGACAAAGCAGCACAGGUAACCAAGAAAAAAAAGAAGAAACGACACCGGAUUCCAACAAAUGAUGAAUUACUAUAUGAUCCUGAAAAGGAUAACAGAGAUCAGGCUUGGGUUGAUGCACAGAGAAGGAGCUACCAUGGUUUCGGAAUACAGCGGCCACGUCAGCAACGGCCUGUUCCUAAUAGUGAUGCCGUCUUGAAUUGCCCAGCCUGCAUGACCACGCUGUGCCUUGAUUGCCAGAGGCAUGAAUCAUACAAAACUCAGUAUAGAGCAAUGUUUGUGAUGAAUUGUUCUGUCAACAAAGAGGAAAUUCUAAGAUAUAAGAAGAAAAGGUGGGGCCAUAAGAAGAUGAGAUCCAACCAUGAAGAUGCAGCGAAGCAGGCAGAGGCAGAAGUGGAAGAAAUCUACCACCCAGUCAUGUGCACUGAAUGUUCCACUGAAGUGGCAGUCUAUGACAAGGACGAAGUCUUUCAUUUUUUCAACGUUUUAGCAAGCCAUUCCUAAAUAGCGCAGUUGGCAUUUUAAUUGCCCAGUGUUGUAUAGUUAAGGCAAGUAUGAACAGUUACUUUUCUUUUGCCUAUUCAUAUCAUUAAGUGACAUUCUCAAUUGUUGAGGAAGCGGUGUUUCAUGUUUAUGAGAGAUAAUGGUUAUUAACCUUCAUUCCCCUUAUACCGACUUUCUUUUCUUUUAAUUUUCUCCAGCACUAAUGGAACUGAUUAAUCAUUCAUUCCCUUUUUGAUGGUCAUUUGGAAACAGUGGGCUUGUAUUUAUUAAAGCUCUUUAGAAUUAACAAUGUUCUGGAGUUAUAAGUAAUCUUUGUUUCAGAGUGUAAUUGUUUUAUUUGGAUAUACCGUUACCCUUGGCAUGAUUAAACUAGAAACUGUUUCCUGA